AUGGCCAAUGUCAAGAAUGAAAUGAUUAUUAACCAGCUGGUAGCAAAAGUUAAUGCUUGCAUCAGUGUACCAUACAGCUGCUCUACAAACAUGUUGAAAAAACUCCUGUUACUUCUAUGUCUGAUAAGUGGAAGUACAUACAUUGUCCUUUACUGGCUUGGCACUGCAGGUUACCGUAGCCCUCGAAAAGCAGUUUUGCAUAAAAUCUCAGAGUAUGGUACUACAAGCUACCAUUUUUCUCAAAAAAUAUCCUCAUACAAAGUGUCAGAUAAUCAUCAGAACAUUCCAAAAUUCAAUGCAUCCAUCCUCUUUGUAGAAACAACAGACACAUGGAUACCUUCUCUGUCUGCAACCUGUGCAGUGGAGUCUGCAGCAAGGAUAUACCAUGAUAAGCAGGUCUGGUUUUUCAUGAAAGGACUCACACAAAAGAAGCAACAAGAACAAAUUUCACAAUCACCUAGGCUUUUCCUGCUAUCACAAAUAAAGAAUGUGUUCAUUAGUCCCCUGAACGUCACAGAACUGCUGCUGAACACACCUCUCCUGCCGUGGUACCAGAAGGUGAACCCAUCAAAAGAAAAAUACUGGACUUAUGUCACUUCUGAUGCCUUCAGAUUUGCACUGAUAUGGAAAUAUGGAGGGAUAUACCUAGACACAGAUGUUAUAUCCGUUAAUCCUGUUCUAGAAAAGAACUUCUUAGUUGGUGUGCCACCUCAGCGGAUCAGCAGUGCAGCUUUUGGCUUCCAUCGUCACUACCACUUCCUCUGGGAUUGUAUGAAACAUUUUGUUAGCAACUAUCAUGGGUCAAUCUGGGGAUACCAAGGGCCAUCCCUUCUUACACGCAUGUUAAAGCAAAAGUGUCAAAUUCCAGCAUUUCAAGCGCUGCAAGAUGAUAAAUGUCAGAAUAUAUCUUUGCUGCACCCAACCCGAUUCUACCCAAUCACGUAUCCUGGCUGGAAAAUAUUUUAUCAACCUUUUGAAAACUUUCCAAACUUCAAUAAUUCAUAUGGUGUGCAUUUAUGGAAUUAUAUGAACAAAGAGAAUCGAACAGUGGUUACAGGAAGCAAUACUCUAAUAGAGAAUAUUUACAAGAAAUACUGUCCUGACACUUACAAAAACAUUGUGUUAAACAGCCUACCGAAACUAAAGAGGAAAGAUAGCAAAUUAAUCCAAUGA